UCCUAACAGUUAUGCAAAAUGAUUGCAUCCGAAAUUGGGUCCACAAAUAAUGUAGAAGGAAUUCAAUUACCGGGAGAAAAAGUGCCUCUUAUUAGAAAUAGGGGUAUUUUUUAUAGACUAAGUGCUUUACUUAGAUUUAAAAAUUCAUUAAACGAUGAACGAGAUGGCUAUGUAGAAUUCAGCACUUUGGGUACGAAUAGUAGUCGAACACUUGGAACAUUUGCUGGUGUAUUUAGUCCCGUCACUUUGUCUAUGUUCAGUGCCUUGGUUUUUAUAAGAAUGGGAUAUAUCGUUGGUAAUGCAGGAUUAUUAGUUACUCUAAUACAAUUUAUAAUAGCUUAUGGGAUUUUAGUUUUUACAGUCUCGUCUGUCUGUGCUAUUUCAACAAAUGGAGCAGUCGAAGGUGGUGGAGCUUAUUUUAUGAUAAGUAGAACGCUAGGUCCUGAAUUUGGUGGAUCUAUCGGUACUUUAUUUUUUAUGGCAAACGUAGUGUCGAGUGCUUUAUGUAUAUCUGGUUGCGCUGAAGGAUUGAUCGAAAACUUUGGGCCUUCGGGAUAUUUGGUCGGUGAAAACGAAUUCAUUCCAGAUGGUAGAUGGUGGCGAUUUCUGUACUGUUCUGUACUUAAUACGGCAAAUCUCAUUGUUUGUUUAUUUGGAGCGACAAUGUUUGCAAAGACCAGUGUUACUAUUUUAGCAAUUGUAUGUAUUUGUCUUGGGAGCGUUUUUAUAAGUUUUAUAGUGAAAGGUGAAAUGGAGGUUGCAAUUCCUGAUGCAAACACACUAGUACAAAAUCAGACAAAUCAUAUAAAUGGAAGUUAUACUGGCCUUAGUACGUCUACUUUAUUAGAAAAUUUAUAUUCAAAUUAUAGUGCUGAUUAUUCGAGUCACGGUGCUGUGAGCGACUUUGCCAGUGUUUUUGGUGUACUGUUUAGCGGCGUUACUGGUAUUAUGGCCGGAGCAAAUAUGAGUGGUGAAUUAAGAAAUCCUGGACAAAAUAUUCCUCGGGGUACACUUUCGGCUGUUUCAUUUACAUUCAUAUGCUAUAUUUUAUUGUCAAUUUUAACAGCAGCGACAACCAGUCAAUUUCUUCUCCAAAAUAAUUUUAUUUAUAUGAUGCCGAUUAAUAUAUGGCCACCGUUUGUUGCAGUUGGGAUUCUAACAGCCACUUUUAGCGCUGGACUAAGUAAUUUAAUUGGCUCGAGCAGAGUUCUUGAAGCACUCGCUAAGGACAAUGUUUUUGGUUCCAUGCUGAAUUUUAUUUUACGCGCUACUUGGAAAGGUAACCCAAUUGGAGCCGUCUUAACUUCUUGGACUCUAGUUCAAAUAAUUCUACUUAUUGGUUCAUUGAACACUAUUGCUCAAAUCAAUUCGGUUCUUUUUUUAUUGAGUUAUCUGGCUACGAAUUUAGCCUGCCUUGGAUUAGAAUUAGCUAGUGCUCCAAAUUUUAGACCUACGUUUAAUUACUUUACUUGGCAUACGGCAACAAUAGGUCUUCUGGGAACACUUAUCAUGAUGUUCGUUAUAAAUAGCAUCUACGCAUCGAGCAGUAUUAUAUUAUGUCUUGUAUUAGUAAUUGUACUGCAUUUGUUUUCUCCAAGUAAAAAUGCAGCUUGGGGCAGUAUCUCUCAAGCUUUAAUUUUCCAUCAAGUUCGAAAAUAUUUACUGAUGCUCGAUUCUCGUAAAAAUCACGUUAAAUUCUGGCGACCUCAGAUACUCCUUAUGAUUGCAUCGCCAAGAUCUGUAUGUCCGCUAAUUGAUUUUAUAAACGAUUUAAAGAAAGGUGGAUUAUAUGUUAUUGGACAUAUAAAAGUUGGUGAAUUUUCUGGAAAAGUUGAUCCGACUAUCGAAGAAUAUCCUCAUUGGCUCAGUCUAGUUGAUCAUAUGAAAGUAAAGGCUUUUAUUGAAUUAACAGUAACGAAAACUGUUCGCGAAGGUCUUCACCAUUUAAUAAGAUUAUCCGGAAUGGGAGCGAUGAAACCCAAUACCAUUGUUCUUGGAUUUUACGAUAAUGAAAUACCAAAGGAUUUUUUUCAAACCUCUCUAUACUCGACAACAAUGUUUGAAAAUGUUACAACCAGCACUAAUGAUAAAGUUUUUCCUCUCAGACAGCCUAAUGUGGAUAAAAUAAUUGAUGAGCUUGAAUAUGUCGGUAUGUGUCAAGAUGUAUUAAAUAUGAAAAAAAAUUUAUGCCUUUGCAGAAAUUUUCAUAUUCUUGACAAAUCUCAAUUAACAAAAAACUCUAAUUAUAAAUAUAUUGAUGUAUGGCCUGUAAAUUUCUUUCAACCAUCGGAUCAAGAUCCUUUUGAUACAACUUCUUUGUUUAUGCUACAAUUAGCGUGCAUCAUAAAUAUGGUUCCUGUUUGGAAAAACUUACAUCUUCGAGUAUUUCAUUGUGAAAUAGCUAAAAGCAGCAGCUCCAGUUUAAAUAUUUCCGAAUCACAUAAUUCAAUAAAUGAAUUUCCCCGAGUCUCCAAUGAAAAUAAAUUGAAAAAGCUGUUGAAUAUGCUGCGUAUAUCAGCAUCUAUAACUAAAAUAACAGAUUGGUGUGAACAAAUUGAAGAACUCAAUAAUCACUGCUUGUUGGAGAGUAAUGUUGAAAAUUCUUUUGAAGCAAGUGUUGAUGCUAUCGAAAGUCCGGUAAACAGUAUAUCUAAAACUUAUAUUUUAAGCGUUAACAAACUGAUCAAAGACUAUUGUGCGCAAACAGCUGCCAUUUUUAUAUAUUUACCCGCACCUCCAAACUUUAAUAAAUGGAAUAAAGAUAUUUUACAAAAACAAUAUCUUCAACUUUUAACUGAAUUAACUGCAAAUUUACCUCCAACUAUAUUGGUUCAUGGAGUAAGCGCUGUUACAUCUACAACUCUGUAAUAAACUAAAUGAUAGAUGCAUUAUUAAAUAUGUUCUUUUAAAAACUUUGUAAGGAAUGAUGUAAGUUGAAAGUUCAAUCUACAUUAUUGAAAUAUUUUAUCGAUACAA